AAAAGAGGCCCUAACUUGUAAUAUAACUGAUGCUGUUGAAAAAAUUAUUUCUGCAUUCAAAACCCAUAAAGCCUCAUUUCAUCUGAGUCAGUCCCUUUACUUAAUGGAAGAAUUGGCUGCUAUGGAUAAAAGAACACUUAGUAGUAUUAGCCAAAUGGUUGACAAAGAAUAUGAAAUUGUUAAUGGUCAAGAUAAAAAGAAAAAACAUUCAUUAAUAGAAAAGAGACCUCUGUCUUUUGAUAUCAUGAUACAAGCAACUGGUCAGGAGUCUCUCUCAGAUAUUUCGAUUUACACUCCUACAAUUCAUUUUCAGAGGAGGUGUUAUAAAGCUGCCACAGUGCCCUUGCCAAUUGAUGUUAUUGCUGUGCUAAAAGAAGAGAUGACUUUAUCACAAGUUAAGAAUACAUUAGAAGAUAAAAUUUGUGAUCAGCUUAUGUUGUUCAAGGAUUGUCUACAGAGUUUUAUUGAGGAAAUAAAAAUUCCUGUACCUGCAGCUUACCAUGUAUGGCCAACCACUUUAUCAUUCCCUGUAACUGUUGUAUAUCCAGGUAAUAAGGAAGAUGUUGAACUUGUUUCAUACAGAGAAAAGCUUCACAGAGCUCUACUUUUACAACUGGACAGACCUCAGCUUCGUCGCCAGAAUAGUCUUAGAUUUCCAGCUUUAGAAAAUAAGAUUAGUUAUUUGAGAAAUACUCACAUUGGACUUCGGAUGCCAGAAGAUGGACACACCCAGUUAGUCAGAGGAACAUACACAUAUCAUCACUACAUGCAAGACCACAUGGACGACGAUGGUUGGGGCUGUGCCUAUCGUUCUCUGCAGACUAUUGUGUCCUGGUUUAGAUUCCAAGGAUACACUGACAAACCAGUUCCUUCUCACAGAGAAAUUCAGCAGGCUCUUGUGGAAGUUGGAGACAAACCUUCAUCCUUCGUUGGUUCCAGGAAAUGGAUAGGUUCACAGGAAGUCAAUAUUUGUUUGAAUCAGUUAAUUGGAGUGACAUCAAAAAUAAUAUUUGUGAGCUCAGGUGCAGAAUUAGCUAAUAAAGGCAGAGAACUUCUUGAGCAUUUUAAGACACAAGGAACACCAGUUAUGAUUGGAGGAGGAGUAUUAGCACAUACUAUUCUAGGCAUCAACUUUAAUGAAGUCACUGGUGACAUAAAAUUUUUAAUUCUUGAUCCUCAUUAUACAGGAAAUGAGAACCUUUCUACAAUUCAGAACAAGGGAUGGUGUGGCUGGAAGGGACCAGAGUUCUGGGAAAAGAAUUCAUUUUAUAACCUUUGCCUACCACAGUGUCCUCAUGAGAUAUGAUAUAUAGAUGUAUAUAAAGGUUUUUGUGAUUUUCUAUGUAUCUAUAAAUUUGUGAAGUAGUUACUUGAUCAGAGUAUACUGUAUCUUCUUUGUACAUUGUCAGCUGCCCAAUGAAUUAAGGUGCAAAGUUUUGCCUACUGCUAAGCUAUCAUUUAUCAGGAAAACUGUGAUGUUUUGUAUUUGACUACUUGUUGCUAUAUUUGAAGUUUUAAAGCUAUAGAAGUGUAUUUUAUACCUGUUAAACAUAAUGUAUUGUUCUUUUAAUAGAGCUAUUCUGACUGGUGGAAAUGGGCUAUUUUUGGAAUAAGCAGUAACUUUGUCUUUUCAGUUAUCAUAAUAUAUAUAUAUUUAGAGGUAAUAUGAAUAUAUAUCUGAAGUAAAGGGAUUAAUAACAUUUAAAACUGU